AUGAGUGAAAAGAAAGACUCAAAAGAUCAAGAAGAGAAAGCCGAGAAUCUCAACUUUUCUUUCCAAGAUAUCUUGGGUGAUGAUGAAGUCAAUUCAAAUAAUCAUUCGUUUCAAUCAAUUGUGCAAACGUUUCGUAAUGAAGAUAAUCAAUCAGCGUCCUACAAUAAUCUCCCUGCCGAACUUCAACACUUAUUUAGCUUACCCGAAUCAAACGCGUCUUCAGAUAUCCAGCUUUGGAACACUAGUAAUGAUGCUGUCAGCUCACCUCAUAGUGCUGUAAGUACUCCUGUUCAUGGACCUUCAACUUUUGUCACGCCCUCGCCCAUACCUGAUAACUCACCUGCACUAUCAAAGACACCCAUUUCACAAACCUCUCCACCACCAGUAGUUUCACCUCAAGUGGAUUCACCCCAAAUUGCUAUCGAGCCACAACCACAAGCGUCACCCCAACCCCUUUCGCCUCAAAUCAGCACACCGUCCAAUGCUUCCCCACAAGUGAGCUUACCUCCAUCACCUCUAGUUCAUGUUCAGUCCUCCCCCAAUGUCAGUUCACCUCAAGUGAUGUCAGCUCAACAAAGUCCAAUGACUCAAUCACCACAGAUCGCCAUUGCUGCUGCCACUACGACUGCAAAAUCUUCGCCAGCUCCUAGUCAAUCACCUAAAGUUAUUGCUCCUCAACAUAUUCAACCCAUGAUUCAACAGCAACUUCAACCACAACCUCCGAUAACGCCACAGUCUGCUCCUUCUCCUGCUCCUACUCCUGCUACUGCUACAACCCCCGUUGCCACCGGUGGUGCUGCUACAUCCAUGACUUUGCUUGAUAAUUUAACAGCGCAAUUAUCCCCAGACCGUAAAGAUAGAUUUAUUGAAUUAUUUAGACAAUUACAAAAUAAUGAUGUUACUGCGAAUCAAUUUUUGGCACAAGCAAGAAUGUUACUGGAUCAGCAACAGUAUCAGCAGUUGGAAAAUCUUAAAAGUAAACCGACAACACCUAUCCGACCUCCAAUCCAACCCCAGAACAAGUUGAAAAGACCUAUGAAUAGCUCCCAAGCUGAAGAUUCAAACUCUAUCACUCAAGAUUUCAUGAACACGAACAUGCUCAAGGAAUUAAUUUCCACAACCACCAGCGCGCAUGAUUUAAAAAUCGGACCUGAUGUGGUUACAUUAAUCGCUUUGGCUACACAAGAUCGAAUGAAAACUAUCAUCAAGCAUAUGAUUAUAGCAUCCAAGCAUCGCGUGGAUUCACAAACAUUUACACAGCCCACGCCGGAUGAUAAGGGUAAUCAGCCGUUUAAGAUUGUGGAUGUACAGGAUAUAAAGAAACAACUACUGGCUAUUGAAAGAGUCGAACGAGAAGAGGAGCGGAAGCGAAAGGAAGUCAUUUCGGAAAGAGAGCGUAAAGCUCAAUUGGGUGAAGAAACAAAUGAUGGUGGUGAUGAAGAUAAACCUAGUAAAAAGAAGAAGAAGAAGGAUAUGGGUCCCGGUGUCACUGCAAGAUAUAUGAGUGACGAUGUACGUAACAAAACCACAAAUGAAACUGCAUUGAUGAUUGCCGGUGGUGUCAUGAAAAGUUGGAUGUUGACAGGUAUGUCACCCAGUGCCAAUAAGGAAAAACCUCCACCUUUACCCGUUGUAAGACAACCCAGCUCGCAAGAAGCAUCUACCCCGCUACCUCCUCUUCCGUCAUUACAACCAUCGCCAGCUACAGCAACUACAGCUACAACUUCUAUUACACCUAUUAAUACCACAUUAGAUCCAUCUCCUUUAGCUACUUCACCCACUAGUCUCACCUUUGGGGGAGAUCCAACCACACCAAAUGAUGAUCAACCCAGGGGUAGAGGUAGGCCAAGAAGACGCAAGUCAAACACAGGAUGGGGGAUUGUUUUUACCUCCCUCUACGAUCGGUCGUCCUCACCGAUUAGGCGAACAAGGUGCCAGAAAAAUAACAGUGAGAGAUGCCUUAUUUGUGCUGGAAGAAGAGGUUGA